UCUCCCAGCAUGCACCUGGCUCUGCUCUCCACCCCGUGCGGGCGGCUCCUGAGGAGAAAAGUGUCCCGUCGAGGCGAGCGAGCGGACGCGGCUCUCUAGGCCGGACCGGCAGCCUCGUCCUGCGGGUGGAGAGAUGGCGUUCGUGCUGCUGGCGCGCUGCGGCCGGGGCGCCUGCUCCGUCCCCAGGCGGCUGCGCUGGGAGCCCGAGGCCGGUCAUUUGGAAAACCGUGCUUGUUUUAGCUGUGCAUCCCUGCGGCUAAUAAAUCAUACGACUGUUCAUUUUAAAUAUUGCACUAGUGCCUCUCCUGUUUACGUUUGCUUUGCAAAAGGGGAUUAUAAUCGGACUGAAGGAUCAGGACAAAGGCACUUUACAGCUUUGAGAUCGUUUGACCUGUGGUCACCAACUGCUAAUGGAGGAGUUUUGGGGCCAUGUUAUCUUCCAGUACGACAGUGGCAUUCUUCACAAGCCCGUUAUGAUGACUCCGUGGUAGAAAAGUCGCUUAAGUCUCUCAAGGAUAAAAAUAAGAAACUGGAAGAAGGGGGCCCAAUUUAUAGCCCAACAGUAGAAGAAAGCAUAGUUAAAAAAUCUAUUGGACAGAGAAUUGUUGAUGAACUGAAGCACUACUAUCAUGGCUUUCGAUUGUUGUGGAUUGAUACAAAAAUUGCUGCAAGGAUGCUCUGGAGAAUUCUUCAUGGGAGCACUUUAUCCCGCCGAGAACGGAGACAGUUCCUUCGGAUAUGUGCUGAUCUCUUUCGGUUGGUCCCUUUCCUAGUCUUUCUUGUUGUUCCUUUCAUGGAAUUCCUGCUUCCCGUAGCUGUAAAGCUGUUCCCCAAUAUGCUCCCUUCAACAUUUGAGACAAAAUCUAAGAAGGAAGAGAGAUUGAAGAAAGAGCUUAGAGUGAAGCUUGAACUGGCUAAAUUUCUUCAAGAUACCAUUGAAGAGAUCGCCUUAAAAAAUAAAGCAGCCAAAGGGAAUGUUACUAAAGACUUUUCCACCUUCUUUCAAAAGAUCCGUGAAACUGGUGAAAGACCAAGCAAUGAAGAAAUUUUACGAUUCUCUAAACUAUUUGAAGAUGAGCUAACCCUUGAUAAUCUCACAAGACCUCAGUUGGUAGCUCUCUGUAAACUGUUAGAACUUCAGUCAAUGGGGACAAAUAAUUUUCUUCGUUUCCAGCUAAUAAUGAGGUUGAGAUCUAUAAAAGCAGAUGAUAAACUGAUCGCUGAGGAAAAUGUGGACACCCUGACUGUUAAAGAGCUACAAGCAGCAUGUCGUGCAAGAGGCAUGAGAGCACUUGGCGUAACAGAAGACCGUUUGAGGGAUCAGCUUAAGCAGUGGUUAGACUUGCAUCUGAACCAGGAAAUCCCAACUUCACUGCUUAUUUUAUCCAGAGCUAUGUACCUUCCAGAUACUCUUUCACCAGCUGACCAGCUUAAAACAACCCUGCAAACACUACCUGAAAGUGUGGCCAAAGAAGCUCAAGUUAAAGCGGCAGAAGUGGAAGGAGAAAAACUGGACAAUAAAGCCAGACUGGAGGCAACCCUUCAGGAGGAAGAAGCUAUUAGGAAAGAAAACCAAGAAAAAGAAUUGGAAAGGCUGUCAGAAGCUGCUGAGAAGGCCAAGGAGACCCUUCAGGUUGCUGAGAGGAAGGAGGUGGAUGCAAUAGAUAUUGAUACUUCAGCUGUGCAUAUAAAGGAAAGCAAGAUAGCUGUGGAUACCGAACAAGAACUGGCAAAGGUGGACCUGACCCUGCAUUCAGAGACUUUGAAAGAUACAGCACCAGUAUUGGAGGGCAUCAAGGGUGAAGAAAUAACCAAAGAAGAGAUUGACUUGUUAAGUGAUGCUUGUAGUAAACUGAAGGAACAAAAGAAACCGCUAACAAAGGAAAAGGAGGCGCUUGAGGAGCUCAGAGAUGAUGUGCAGGAAUAUAGUGAGGAUUUGCAAGAGAUCAAGGAGUUGUCUAAGGAGGGAGAAAAAGAAAUAGUUGAAGAGUCUAAAGCAAGCAAGAGAUUGACUAAAAGAGUGCACCAAAUGAUUGGACAGAUUGACAAAAUUAUCACAGAGUUGGAGACAGAACAGAAAGUGGUGGAUGGACAGCUGGACAGUACUGCUAGCCCUCCCAUUGGGUUGUGUUUCCCAUUUAGGGAGAAUAUCAUCAGUAUCAAUGAGCUUAUCAAUGUGAUGAAACAGAUUCAGAAGAUACCAGAAAGCAAACUAAACAGGCUUGCCCAAGCACUAGAUGAAAAUAAAGAUGGGAAAAUUGACAUAGAUAAUGUUUCCAAGGUGGUAGAACUCAUCGACAAAGAAGAUAUUGAUAUUUCUACUAACCAAGUAGCAGAGAUCAUGUCACUGUUGCAGAAAGAGGAAAAACUAGAAGAAAAAGAGAAAAUUAAAGAAAAGACUGAGAAGGAAGCUCUAGAAGUCAAGAAUUAGUGAAUUAGCCUUCAGUUUGAUUCCAAGGCUGAAUGAAGUGGAACAUCUUAUGUUACCUUGUCCAGCACCUCCUAUCUGUGAGAUGAUUAACAUUAUUGAUCUAUAGGUUAUCAGGAAAUAAUAAGAAGUUGGGUAGGCAGAAUGAAACUUUUCCCAGAUUCAACAUGGGCAAUUUAUCAUUCCAGGAAGAUGAGAGCAGUCUUGGUCUUUAAAUAAUGUAUUCUUCCUUGUGGAAUUUUGUGCACUCUUUGGUAUUCUGUAGUGAUUCAGUACAUUUUAUUGUCUCCAGAUCAUGAUACAAAUUAGGAAUUUCCUUGCAUUGUGCAGGGAACUGACUUUUUUUGUUAAAUAAUAUUACGUAUACUUGGCAUGUAGUUAUUCUUCUGUACUUGACAAAGAGGUGAAAUUCUGUGCAGCAAAAUUAGCAGUAUAUAAACCAUCCAAAAGCAUCUUAAAUUCCCAUUAUUAUUUUUAAAUGACGCUUCAAAAGGGCUUAUGUAGCAAACACAUUAGUUCUGAAAGUGCUGUCGUGUUGUCCUAGCGCAGACAGUUACACUUUUAGAACUUUAGAACUUUUUAUCAUGCUCAGAUGCUUUCCAAAAAAACCAAAACCCACCCCACACUUUGCCAGCUUCUCAACACUAAAUAAUGUACAUGGAGAAAAUUAAAUAUAAGGGGGAUUGCAGCAAUAUCCCACUCAGUUCCUUGCUCUGCUUUAAUUUUUCCCAUACUUCUACUACGUUCUCUCUGGUCUCCCUCCCGUUGCAAUUUGUAAAAGAAUUCCUAUCUGACUUCUGUUAUUUUUAAAAGCCACAGGGCAACCAGCAAUCUCAGCAGUUGCAAUUUCUCCAGAUCCCUACACACCCUCUUCCCUGUGGAUCUGAAGGCUACAUAAGGGAUACAUAGGUAGAGAGAGGGGAGGGCCCUGAAAGCUUUUAUGCCUUGACUGAAGGCACUCACCCAAGCUACCCCUCACUUCCUUAGAUGUGCCUUUAACCCUAGGAAUUAAAAGACUUCUUGACAAAGCAAACUGCAUUUUUAAAAAAUUAAAACGAGGAAACAAGACUUCAAAUAUUUAAUUUUUUUGAAAAUGCAGCUCUGUAUGUGUGUCUUAUUUAUGUGUAAAGGAAGUGUCCAUUAUUGGGUGAUUAUUUUUGUUCAUUGGAAAUUGUGAAGGCGCAUCUCUGUGCGUGGAACAUCAGCACAGAUCUGAAAUGACUGACCCAGUUAAUUAGGAACAUGGUUUCACUGCAUACUUCAGGCUUAGUAAAUGUCUGCUUAGUUUGUUUUUUCAUUUGACCUUUUUUCUUAUCACCCCAAGUCAUUUGGUAGUAGCAGUUAAUUGAGCUGGAUAUGAACACUGUUUUGGUAACUCAAGCUUUAAAAUAUUCACAAUGGCUCUUCUUUGUUUUCCAAUGAGGCUAAGGAUGCUCUGAAGCCAAUUUCCCAGGAAGCAAUUCAUUCUGGAAUCAAUGACAUUUAAUUUGAGUAGCUGGCUUUUUGAGAUGUAGCGCAAAGGGCUGUCUAAAGGAUGCCUUUCUGGAGGAUGCCAUUGGCUAUCACCCUGUCGUUCCAGAACUUGAGAACUUGAGAAAUAAGUUGCAUGAAAAAACUUGAGAAAUAAGUUGCAUGAAAAAAAUGUUCAGUUCAGGAAUUUUUUUCUGUUUAGAUGUCAAGAUAUUCAAUAAUUUCAGUUCAUCAUAUGACAACCCACCUAUGUCCAAAUUUAUCGCCAACUUCUUGUUUCUAUCUGUGUCCUUUCAAUUCCCAUUGAUUACAGUUGACUUUAUAUAGGUACCAAAGAUCUUCUGCAAGUGCUUACCUUCACUUUUGGCAACUUCUCUUAUUACAAUUCCUUUAAAUUUAAAUUGCAGGUAGUUUUCUGCCAGAACUGCUGAAGUAAUACUUUGUUGCAGUAAAAUCUCAUUUUUUGUUAAUGUCAAGCACAUUUCAGUGUGGAAAAAAAAGCAUGUGGCAAAAUUUGGAUUUGAAAUUAUAUACUUCUGUAAAACGUUAACAUUCUCACAUUCUGCAUGGUGGACGGUGAUAUUUACUGAAUUGCUUUUAGUGUCAAUGUUCUUGGGGCAAAUUGGCAAAAGGGAUCAAAAGUGUGUGGUAUACAUGUGCAAUUUGGAUUAAAAGAUGAAUCAUGCAGUGGGUAGCAUAGUAGGUGGCUGAAUAUUUAUUAAUACGAUUGCACUUUAUGAUCCAUGAAUUUGUUGUGCCAGCAAAUUUGUUAAUUGGGCACUUGUAUAUUUGUAUCUCUGCAUUCUUGCAGAAGAUGUUGAAUAGAUUCUCACGUAAAAUCGAAUGUCAGGCUGUAGAUUUAUAAUUUAGAAUGUGAGUGAGAUGUUAGCAAGUAGCCGCACAAAAAUUAUUGUCUCCAUGCAUAAUAUCAGUAACUUCAGAUUGGGAAGGUCUCCAUGGUGGACUCCCAUAUCUUGUUUAGUAAAAGACAACAACAAUACCCAGUAGUAACAGUUUGGCUCUUCUGGUCUUGAUUUUGAAUGAGUUUCCGUCAGACAAGCUAAUCUGGCCUUGAUUCGGCUCGAAUGCGAACUUAAUUUGUUUACACUCGUCUCUGUUCUGAGAGAAGACGCUGUUGUACUCCUUGUGAUACCACCACUUGAAGGCCCUCCCCACUCUACCCAAAACCAGGCAACAAUGGAAACAAAAUGCAGUUGGUAGGAUCCACUUGAGGCAUCAUUUAGAGUUGAUGUGGCCGCAAGAACAGCCUGGAUACAAGCAGUUAUGGGAGGGAGGACCCAUAUCACUCUUGAAUUGUUAGUGCCAAACAUCUACUGGGAGUCUUGGACUGAGUCACAAUCCUCUCUCUUGCAAUUAUGGGGAAGGGAGUGGCUGCAUCUGGAAGGGAUUGCAGCUGAGGCUGUGCAUUGCGAGGUCCACCCGAAGCUCAGAGGGUGUCCAGACUCCCCUUAGGAAAGAUGUGAGUGUUUCCCCACUGGGACAUUUACUUCCAGGUCCCCUACUUUUAAGGUUCUGUGCCAUCUGUAAUGCCCAGUGAUUUCCUCUCUUUAAACGGGACUGGGGGGAAAUGAGCCGGCUUUAAAGCAUUGUGUACUAGUGGUGGACUGCUGUGCUAAAUUUCUGAGAAUUCUUAAAAGUUGCAAGUUUUAUUUAGAAUUGUACUUUUGAACAACGGGAGGAUGGACGGACGGACUUUGAGAUAUUCCUGGGGUGUUAUUUGCCAGUUGUUCCACUAUAUUUAGACUUAGGAUACCAGAAAGGGCAUUUGUAGUGCAAGGUAUUUUUGUACCUGUGAUUUGAUAUAGUAGUGUUUGUUUCUUAUGAGGUCUGAAAGGUAAAAUGCACAAGCUAUUUAUAAAAAUAAAAAAAAAAUGCAAACCCCUUUCUCAUGGAAAAUUGUAACCCAGGAUUCUAAUUCAGAGCUGAUAAGUGGGAACUUUCAAGUUUCUGUAUGAGAUUGCUGUGCAUUGCACAGCAUCUAUGGGUUGCAUCCAAUUCUGUUUUACUCAGAAUAGACCCACUGAAAUGAAUUUACUUAAAUUAGUCCUAUCGGUUUCAGUGGGUUUUCUCUGAGCGUGACUAAUGUUGGGUACAAUCCCAUGUCUGGAAUAUUCAUGUGAACAUUUUUAGGUUCCAAAUAUAUUUUUCUACAGAAAUGAAUUUGCCGUGUGAUGCUCUUGGAUACAUUCAUACGUAGUGAUUGGUCCCGGUUGUUUGUAUUGCACAAAAUGUUUGAGGGGAGAGACAAGUCUCAGGUUCACAAAAUUGAUGAGAUUCGUUCCCUCUGAUGGCCUUGAUUAAUCAUCAUGUUAAAGGUAAAGGUAAAGGGACCCCUAACCAUUAGGUCCAGUCGUGACCGACUCUGGGGUUGCGCGCUCAUCUCGCAUUAUUGGCCGAGGGAGCCGGCGUAUAGCUUCCAGGUCAUGUGGCCAGCAUGACAAAGCCGCUUCUGGCAAACCAGAGCAGCACAUGGAAACGCCGUUUACCUUCCCGCUGUAGCGGUUCCUAUUUAUCUACUUGCAUUUUGACGUGCUUUCGAACUGCUAGGUUGGCAGGAGCUGGGACCAAGCAACGGGAGCUCACCCCGUCACAGGGAUUCGAACCGCCAACCUUCUGAUCAGCAAGCCCUAGGCUCAGUGGUUUAACCACAGCGCCACCUGGGUCCCUACAAUCAUCAUGUUAGGAGUUGGCAAAUAAUUAUCUUCUUCCCCCUCUCCCACUCAAAUUAAUUUAGUGAUUAGAUGGAGUAGCUUAUUUUUCUUGAAACAAAAAUUAAAAAUUCCUUCCAGUAGCACCUUGGAGACCAACUAAGUUUGUCAUAAGUGUGAGCUUUCGUGUGCAUGCACACUUCUUGAAUAGUCAGGAGUGUUUCCCCCCUGUGGUACACAUUGUGGUAUGAAACGCCUAAGCUGACUCAUGAGUGUUAUAGCAAAGGAUGAGACAAGGCCAGAGGUGGUCAACUGGCAAUACUUGGACAAGAUUAAGCCCCCAGAGCCAAUUUGUCUGGUACCUAGCAGCCCUUCCCUCCAUUUUAAUCGAGGGGUGUAAAUAUUUUGUUCACAGUUUGCCCUCUAAGGAAUAAAAAGUUUAUUCAAAGUGGUGUAGGGUGGGAGAGGGAGAGUAGAUCACAUUUUAAUGCUGCUUUCCUUGCAUGUCACAUAGUUCGUGCCAUUUAAAAAAAAUUGUAAACUGCCCUGGGAAUGCUUAUUAAAGGCAGUUUAUGCUGCUUCAUUAUAAUUGUAUAUAAUACAAAUUCACAAAGCUACCUUAUACCAGGUCAGACCAUUGGUUCAUCUAUGUUAGUAUUGCCUACAUCGGAGGUAGCCAGUGUAGUGCCCUCCCUUUGUUUUGGUCUCCAUGUUGGCUACCCCAGAUCUCCUCUUGUCUUAAAUCCUGGAGAACAACUGUCCUAUGCUGAAAAAUGCGCUUCACACAUAUGACUGCUAUGCUUUUUAUCUUCUUAAAGCCAGAGUUGUUUGCUAAAAUAAGUCAUAUUUGAGGGAAUACUAUAACACCCUUUCUUCAUGGAAGGUGGUUCUGUGAGCCGAUCCCUAUUUUACAUUCACCUAGCUUUCCUGCCAAGUCACACGAAUGUGUGCCUGUUCCUCUGAUGUGCUUGAAAGCAACAGCCGGGAAAGGAUCGGACUUGCAUUUUCAAAUAUUAUAAAGGUAUGUGCACUUAAUUUUGCACACACCUCACCCUUUUAAGAUUUGAUGUGAAGUGUACACAUUUGAGAACUUGUAAUCUGGUACAGAUACCCAAAUGUAGAACGUGAAUUGACCCAAAGCAAAAUACCAGUGAUCAGUUGUAGUCCUAUGGUGAUCAACAUUUCUGCCCUUAGGGAACACUUUCCCAAACUGAUUUGGCAGUCAAGAACUGGCUUGGUCUGUCCUUGGGUUCGUGCACUUUCAUCUCUCUCUCUUUUCCUGUUGGCUGCUGCUGUAGUCUUCCUUGCAUGUACCAUCUGCCCCUAGGACACACCUCAAAUGCAAAGACCAAUAGCGGUGGGGAAGCCUUUUAGGGACGCUUCUCCACCAUCGUUGAUCUUUAUAUUGAGGGACCUGUGACAAGUUUCAGGAAAGUCCUAGAGUUCCCUGGGUCAUGGUUUGAAAACGCUAUGAGAUGGGACUGAACGAAGGAACAGAUGCCACAGAAACAGCCUAUGUUUUCUCUUUCCCCUUCUGCUUUUGAAAUUUCAGGGUUGGGAGUAAGAGGAGAGAAACAUCUUGCCACUUGAUUCAGUGAACAUGCACACACACAAUUUGGCUUAAAGGGCCUUGAGGAGCUUAUUUCUCCCAGUUUUUCUAAAUUGUUUACUGUUAAACUGAGAACGAGGGUCACAGAGCAAACCGCCAGUCUUGCAUUUCAUAUCAGGAUGGCUUAGGCCAGGCAUCCCCAAACUUCGGCCCUCCAGAUGUUUUGGACUACAAUUCCCAUCAUGCCUGACCACUGGUCCUGUUAGCUAGGGAUCAUGGGAGUUGUAGGCCAAACCAUCUGGAGGGCCGCACUUUGGGGAUGCUUGGCUUAGGCAAUGCCUAUGUAGGUGCUGGCUUGUACAUCAUCUUUGAGGGACCGUUUGAUGGAUGACCCAGUUUGGGGUUGUAAGGUUCCAACUCUUAUUCCUUCCGUUAUAUCUUGAUGUAUGUCUUGGGACUGCAUAAUAUAUAUUUUCUUAAAACCAUAGCUAUUGACAAGGGAUGCAAGCUUCAGCUGCUGAAACAAGAGGUCCUUAUGUGGUUAAAAAUGAAAUACAGGCCUUGCUUUGGGAAGUAUACUGCACUCCAUUGUGUGUGAUACUGACACAGACACACACAACUUGCAAAAAUCCCCAAAAGACUUGAUUUUGAUGCAUGCAAAUCCAUAAGUAGAAGCCUGGGAAAGCAUAGUUUUCUCUAAAUAGUAGAUGCUCAUGUCCUGUUAAGAGUAUUCUGGAAAGCAAAGCAGCGUGGCAAAACAGGCUGGCAGGCAGGCACUACUAGAGGUGGGAAGGCCUGGGAAAAAAACCCAGGAAAAUUGGAGAAAAGCCCAGGUUCCCCCCCAUUUUUUUCCAACGGCUUUGGGAAACCUGGUCUGUCCCCCUCCCAUUUUUGUUUCCCCCCCCCAGCCCUUCCCAUUUCUAGGCACCAUACUAGCAUACAAAGAUUUAAUUAAUACAUUAAUCAUGACAAUUGCCCUGUUGCUUUUUCUAAAAUGUAGAUCUGCUGUCUCUGGAAAAGAGACUUGUGCCACCAUGAUGCAAGAUACAUGUGUAAUUAAAUCUAAAUGUGCAAUGCUAGUGAUGUUUUUGUGCUUCGAUGUGUAUAAAAGAACUUUUCUACCUUUAUACGGUUAAAUUAUUACACACAGCCCAGACCUUAUUAAAUAAAAGUAUACUUAUUCCACCUUUAAA